CUCAAAUUGAAUUUUUAAGCUUGCAACCUCGACCCGCUUCACUAGCACCUGUCCCAAACAAAUUACCCAAUUCUCGGUAAAAAAAAACCAUAUCCAUUUGCUUCGUUUAAAGCUCCGUAACCAUGUCCGACGACUCAACUGAAACCCGUCAAGUGGACUUAGCUGGGGACGACUUACCCUCCGGUGCCAUCAACGUCAAUGACAGCAAUGCCAAUAGCCCCACCUCAGUUUCUGCCAUAGGUGAAGCCCUAUCCGCCUUGAUUUCCUCUGUGAUUAGGGAAUUCGACGGCAGAGCUGACGCGACUUCCCGCAGUCAAGAGCAACUCUCUUUCGCCCUCGAUCGUCUCACCGGAGAACUUGACAAGCUGUUGGAGGAUGUGCCAUUCCCUUUCAUCAUGCAACACGCCGGGAGGAUAUCUGCUGUUAGAAAGAGAGUCACAUCCCUAAAUUAUGUUUUGAAAUCCAUACAAAGGCGUGUAGAUAAUAUUGACAGGAUGGUUGCGCCCACAGGCGUAACGCAUGAAAGAAAGACCGGGGAUGAUGGGGGACAACAUUGAGAUGUCUCUUCGAAGAGGUGUAAUUCGCAUGUUGCUUUGCUGCAUGGUAUGUUGGCCUGUCCUGUUUGCGUGUGUCCUUGUGCUUUUGCAAGUGUUGCUAUUAUGUACAGAGGCAGCAGAGUUGUGGAAUAACUAUGACACCAACUUAGGGGCUGAUUGAUUUUUUCCAUAAGUCUUCUAUGGAUUAAGUUGUGAUUAAGUUUAUUUUUGGAUUGUCUACUCAUUGAGGACAUAUGUUUCAUAAUGAGUUAAAAAAAUUGGUUGGGUAAACAUCUUAAUAGGUGUCUUCAUGUGGAAGGAGUAAUCACAACUUAUAAGUAUAUCACGGCUUCACAAACAAGUUAUUUUGUAGCUUAGUAAAUAAUAAGUAUAUUUUAAAUUCAUUGGAA